CGCGCGGAGCAGCGAGGCGCAGCGGAGCUUCGGGAUCGGGGUCGGGGUCGCGCCCGGCUCGGAGCUGCCACCUGCGGCCAUGUCGGGUUCGGUCAGCCCCGCCCUGGCCACAGGCCAGGCAGGCUCAGAGGACGAGACUCGGGAGGAGGAGCUGAUGGAUGGCGACGGGUCCCGCCCCUGGACCCCACAGGAGAAGGCCCUGCACGAAGCCCGGCUCAAGGCCAAGGCCAAGCAGCGCCUGCGGCGCACCUCGUCCCGGGACUCCACCCGGGAGCCAGCACCCGAGGGGGGGGAGCCCAGCCCCGACCCUAGCAGCCCCAAGGGCAAGACCAACGACAGGAAGUCGCGCAUGGGCAAGGGCCGUGGGCUCCCCAAGAAAGGUGGCGCUGGGGGCAAGGGCGUGUGGGGUGCACCUGGCCUGGUGUACGGGUACCAGGAGCCCGACGCGCGGGACCCCAACUACGACGAGUCAUCUCAGGGCGACACGGUCUAUGCCACAGUGACGCCGGAGCUGGAGGAGGGGGAGCUGGAGAAGAAUGUGCACCCCAUGGUGCUGGAGUACUUUGAGCAUGGGGACACCCUUGAGGUGAUGGAGCUGCUGAGGGAGCUGAACCUGGGCAGCAGGAAGCAUGCCGUCCCCUCGCUGGCUGUGGCGCUGGCGCUGGAGGGCAAGGCCAGCCACCGGGAACUGACCUCCCGCCUGCUCUCGGACCUCGUGGGCAAGGUCAUGACCUCAGAGGACAUCGCCAGGGCCUUUGACAAGAUGCUCAAGGACCUGCCUGACCUUAUCCUGGACACUCCUGAGGCUCCGCAGAUGCUGGGCCAGUUUAUUGCCCGGGCCGUGGCUGACCAUGCCCUGCCCCUGGACUUCCUGGACCGCUACAAGGGGCGCGUGGACUGUGAGCACGCCCGGGCUGCCCUGGACCGCGCCGCAGUGCUGCUCCGUAUCAAGCAGGACGUCAACCAGUUGGACAACGUGUGGGGAGUGGGGGGUGGCCAGAGGCCCGUGAAGCAUCUCAUCAAAGAGAUGAACCUGCUGCUGCGCGAGUACCUGCUGUCCGGGGAGGUGUCGGAGGCAGAGCACUGCCUGCGGGAGCUGGAGGUCCCUCACUUCCAUCAUGAGCUGGUCUAUGAGGCUGUAGUGAUGGUGCUGGAGUCCACGGGCGAGACUCCUGUCGUCAUGAUGGUAAAACUGCUCAAAGUGCUGUGGGAGACGGGCCUGGUGACCCUGGACCAGAUGAACCGGGGCUUUCAGCGAGUCUAUGACGAGCUUGGAGACAUCAGCCUGGAUGUGCCCCUUGCUCACCGUAUCCUGGAGCGGCUGGUGGAUCUCUGCUUCGAGGAGGGAGUUAUCACCAAGCAGCUGAGAGACACCUGCCCAGCCAGGGGCCGGAAGCGAUUUGUGAGCGAGGGUGAUGGGGGGCAGAUCAAGCAGUAACUGGCCAUCUCAUCCGCCCCAGCCCGACAGUCCCCUGGAGGUGAUUGAUGUCCCCCAGCUCUGGAGUUCCUCCUUGUCUGUCUCCAACUGGGAAUGGUGCCAGGGAACCACCCAGCCCCCAGAGGGGGCAGUGCAGAGGCUGUGAUGGAUCUUGGGGGGAGGUGGGGGAGGUAAGGUGGGGUCCAGGAGCAGGGAGGGGGCUGGUGGGCUGAUCUUCCAGCUGGGGCUGCCCUGGAGCAGGAAGGGAGGGCUGGGCGCAGCUGCAGGACUCUUGCCCCCUCCACCUCCCUGCAGCCCUAGCUGGAAGA